AUGGAGUGCAUUGCCGAUACAAUCAACCUUCAACGACUUGACAAAUACCAACUUGCCGAACUUAACCAGAAACUUGUUGGUGAAUUGGAAUGGAUCAACUCCAACGUAAAGCGGGUUGCCGACGAGAUACGCGACUUAAACGAAAACGUUGAUGUUGUGAACAAACUCCAAGACGGCAAAACACAGACGAAAAACGUUGUUGUACCGUUAACACCGUUGAUGUGUGUCAAAGGCGAUUUAACAUGUGAAGGGAGGGUCAUCAUUCACAUCGGCGACGUCUUUUACAUCUCCAAAACCUUCUCAAAAGCCAUCGAUUACUACAAGAGACGCCUUCAUGAAAAAGACUUGGAGAAAAGAGCCUACGACAUUUUACUUCGCGACAGACAGACGGUCCUGUCAAGAAUGGAAAAUAUCGUCAAGCUGAUGGUACAAAAGCAAAACGAGUGA